AUGAUUUUGCAGGAACUACGAAGCUUCGGAGCGCCGGAGCUCUUCAACUCGGCUCCGAAAUGCACCUAUUUCGCUUACAACGGCGAAGACGCCGCUUCGUGUUCCGUCGCGAACGCGGCGAGUUCGGCGAACCGAUUCGACUCGGUCGAGGCCGAGACGAGUCUGAUCAGAGCGUUGUAUCUGGACAGCAAGGCGGAGCUCGCGGCUCAGACUAAGCGGCUCGCCGGCGAGCUGGACCGAGCCACGGCGACGAAGCUCCUCCACUUAUGCUGCAACUUCGACUCGGCGGACUGCGCCUCCUCGAUUCUCGGCGGCGAUCUCGGGGCGGUUCCGAUUGUGAACGAGUGUGACGACUCCGGGAAAUCGCCGCUGCACACGGCGGCGUCGGCGCACGCGUCGCGGUGCGUGGAGGUUUUGCUUAAGAAGCACGCGCGUACUGACCUGAGGACCAAGGACGGUCAGGCACAGCUAGCUCUGGAGCUGUCGCUUGCUGACACAAGGACGGAUCCGAAUUGGAAUCCGAACAAUCUCUCCAUUGAAGACCUGGUCAUUCACAUGAGUGAAAAGGAUUUGAGCACUGUGAAGCUUCUGAGUGAGAAAACCAAGGAGAUCGCUGACGUGGCGUACGCCUACGCCGUUAAAGGCAGUAUAGCUUCACUGACGGCGCUGCUCAUCACCGCCGCGGAGAAGGUUAACGACUGCGUCUUGGAGUUGCGUGAUUCCGAGUCGGGAUGCAAGGAGAAGGUGACUCUAUACGAAUGCCUGAUAAGGGAGGGAGGAGAUGAAGCUGUUAUCCAGCUGCUUCUGAAGACAAAUUUAGAUGUCAAUGACGCUGAUGCAGAAGGAAAUACUGCUCUUCAUUGGAUCCUUAAACAGCCCAGAUUGUUGUGUCCUCAACAGAUAACUUUGUAUUCUUUCAUUCCCAGGAUUUUAUUGCUUCUUCUUGAUCAUGGUGCUCGAGUAAGCCAAAAGAAUAGAUUGGGGUUAACAGCAUUUCAUAUUGCUGCUGGUAAUGGCAAUUCAGAGGCACUUGAGGUCCUCCUGUUGGAAGAUCCAGUUGGCGUCCAAUAUAAGACGGAAAUGAAAGAAACUCCCUUGUUUUUCGCUGUGAAGAAUGAGAGUAAGGAGUGUGCUGAGCUUCUUUUGACAUGGGGAGCAAACAGUGAAGUCCUUAAUCUGCGUAGGCAAAGAGCUAUAGAUCUGGCAACCUCUCAAGAUAUGCGUUACACAUUGCUGAACCCAACCACAGUUAGCCUCAUAAAUCAUGCGUUCCCAAAUCAACAUAAAUGUACGGCUUUGGUGUUGACAGAUGAAGACACCACUACCACUGCCGAAAGAAAUGUUAACUCCAGCGCCAAGGCAGACGUUUGUAAGUACUUUGACUCUCAUCGAGGAUGUGUCAGAGGAGCUAAGUGCUUUUAUGCACAUUGUGAGGAGUCUCGGAAAGUGAAAGAGGGAGUAGACCAGAGUUAUUCUUUUGCUACUAAACUACUCGAACACAAAGUGUUUGUUGGAGGACUUCCUCCUUCAGUGGACUCUGAUGAUUUAAGAAAGUUCUGUGAAGAAGAGUUUGGAUCAGUAGAAGAUGCUAUAGUCAUUGUAACUCAGAUAGAAAACAAGAUACAGUCUAGAGGCUUUGGCUUUGUCACAUUUAGACAGGAGAAAUCUGCUUCAAAAGCUAUGCGGGCACACUACAUCACCAUGAGAGGGAAGACAGUUGAAAUAAAAAGUUUGAUUCCAAAAUUGGUUUUACGAGCUGAGUUUGAGAAAAUGUCACCUCAACGAGAACAAGAGAAGAAUUUUCAACUUCUACAACAGAAGAAUGAGAAUAUUAUGGAAGUUGAUAACCCUGAACAAGGUUCUUGGGCUGACAGAUUAGUCCAUGGACAACCAACGGUGUCUUCCACUGAACCUCAAGUUACCAAGAGUUCUGAGGACCCAACCACUCCUACAUGGCUAAAGGUUUUCAAGAAGUGGUUUCCUGUGUUCUUAAUGGGUCUGUCAAAUCAUCCAAACUAUGCCCUCUCUUCUCUAAAAGCUGAUUUUCGGGCUAAAUUUGCGUUAGAAUUGGAUCAUUCAUCUGUGGGCUACUCUAAGCUCAGUGACUUCCUGAAAUGUUUCUCCAAUUUAUGCACUGUUGAGAUGCUCCCCAUAAGCAAACGUCGAACUCCCACUCACAUGAUCCUCCGACCAAAAUUAUCAAGGCCCACACGCAGACUCCUUCCUACGCUGGCAACACCUCACAAUCUGUCUUUGUCUGCAUUGGUUGUGAAUGGUGGUGAUUCAAAGUGUCUUUCAGACCUCUCAACUUCUGAUGGUGGUGAUUCAAAGUGUCUUCAUCAGGACCUUUCAAUUGACAAUUGUGGUGAUUCGAAGUGUCUUGAGAACCUUACAAUUGACACUUGUAGUGAUACAAAGUGUCUCCAAGACCUAACAGCUGACAACGCUGUUGAUUCAAAGUGCCUUGAGGACCUUUCACUUGACUUUGGUGGUGAUUCAAAGUGUAUUGAGGACCUUUCCAUUUGCAGUGCUGGUGAAAAGUUUGGCUCAAGUAUCACUAGCCAUGGGGAACAGAACCCCUCCCCUGUGUAUCCUGAAAUCAACUCUGCAGAGGAUGAAGCACACUGGGUGCACCCAAGGUUCCUCCAAUUCUUGAAGCCAGAUCCUCUGCUGUAUUGGCAGAAAGAAACUGAUGUGCUUUCCGGAGGGACUGACAGUGGAAAAGGACAGUGCAGUUCAGGGGAUAAAGGAAGUAUUAAUGUUAGGCAUCCAAGACGGCAUCUGGUUUUGGAGUCCCUCUCCAAGAAAUGGAGCAAGUCCUACUUCCUACGCGAAUUUGAUUUCUACAAGAACUACAAGGAAAGAUUAUCGGCGAGAAGGUGUUUUGCAUGCAAGCAGCAGAAAAUGCUAUGGGCCAAUUUCCCUUGCAAACACUUGCUAUGGUGUAAUGACUGCAAGUUGCGGGCAAUAGGGGCUUCGGGUCUUUUCCCUCACAAAUGCGUGCUGUGUGACACAGAAGUACAGAAAAUGGAUUUAGUACUUCCAUUAAGCAGUAACUGA